AUUUUGACAUUGACAUUCAGAGUACUCCAAAAUACUUUAGAAAUGCGUUGUAUUCCUCGUUUUUACAAAGCAAAGUUACUUUUUAAAAUUAAAUAAGUUGAUAUUAUUUAAUAUUUACCAAUGAUUUAAUAUUUUAAUUAUAACAAUGGACGUGCUUAUGACUUUAGUCUACCUUCUCUUCUCAAUAUGCGUAGUAUACCCUCCUACCGAGUUCGUCACAGCUGGCUUCACGAUAGCCCAGCUCUACCAGAGCUAUCUCGGCUCCGAGAAUGUAAACUUCGUAGGCUACCACAUGAAGAGGAUAACUAUAACUGCUCUGAUACACUCGGCGUUACCUAUGGGGUAUAUUUUGUGUUUGUAUUUCGGUGGUGAGCGGAGUGCGUGGUUAUUGGCGGGGUUCGCGAGCACAGCGAUACUGCCGCUGCUGAUGGUGUACAAGAUAGUGUGUUGGUGGGAGUGCAAGACAAAGCACCCGGCUGUGGCGCCGUUGCUCCCGUAUGUGGUGGAAGGCAGCGAUUGGAGGGUAGUUGCUGCCCAGGUGAAUACAGAGUUCAGAGGCGUGGAUAAGGUGUCUCUCCCACUGACAGCGACCAGUAAGCUGGUGGCGACAGAGACAUGGCUUAUUAAAGUGACCUCCUACAACUUGUUCAUCAUCAAACAGAGUGACUGCGGUCUUGUCGCUACUGAUACAGACAUCCCGGACCUCACAGCUUCAAUUGAAGAAGAGACACAGUAUGUGAACAUACAAGUAGUGCCAUCUCGAGAUGACGUAGCUGCUUUCAAGUUCAGGAUCACCACUCAAGCCCUGCGGGAUUUGCAGCCCAGAUUAUCGCAGACGGUGCGCGUGCCGUCUCACAUCUCCCUCCUGCCUUCACUGGUGGAGCGUUUCGUGGCCGUCUUCAACCAACACGUCGACCAGAACCCCGUCUACUAUGUCGACGAGGAGCUGGAAGUGUGCAUCGGCUGCAUGCAGGCCCCGGCGGACGUGAAGCUGCGCCGGCGCUGCCGCUCGCCGCCCGCGCACCUCGUGGGCGGCCCGCCCGAGUGCCAACAAUGCAACUGCAGAGUCCUGUGGUGCAGCUCGUGCAUGGCGCGCUGGUGGGCGGCCCGCGCCUCCGCCGCCGGCGCGCCGCCCGACACCUGGCUCUCCUCUAGAGGGAGCUGCCCCGUCUGCCGGUCCACCUGCUGUCUCCUGGACGUGUGCCCUGCACGCAGCAGGGCGGAGAGCUAAGCCGAGUGAAUUUGUGACGACAUGAAACAUGACAGUCAACUUAACUAAGUUAUGCAAUGUAAAUUAAAAACACAUUAUUUUAAUGCACAAAUAUAAUCAACUUAUAUAACAAUAUUUUUACAAUUAUAUAUUUAAUUAAUUUUAUAAUUCCUCAGUCAUAUAUUUUUUGGACAUUCUUGUAAAACGGUAGUGUUAAAAUCUACUGUACAUUAUUAAAUGAAACGUUGACAACAAAAUGACGACUGCUAAAUCAUUUGUCAUUUGCAUCGCUGUCGCUUUGCGGAUUAUAAAAGCUCCAUAUUGUAUCUAAGCAAAUUGUACACGUACAGUCACCAACUGAAACCUAAAUUUUUUACAAACUUAUUUAAUUUGCAAUGUUGUGCAGUCAAGUCAAGUGACAAAAAUAUGUGUACAUGCCCUUAUUGCCUAUAUAUUAAGUAAGUGUAUACAUAUUUCUGGCACUUAGUCCGCAUCCAUAUUUUUAGACGUGACUGUACAUUCAGGUCGGAACUUGCAAGCUAAAUUAGACCCAUUUCCCAUUACUCAGUAUUGGGGGUUACAGUAUUAUGGUACCAUCGAGCUGAUCUGAUGAUGGAGACAGGAGGUGGCCAUAGGAACUCUGUGAUAAAACAACGCAACCUAAUGUGUUUGGGGUUUUUAGAAUUGUCUUGAUGAGCAUUAGUUGGUUAGUUGCUUGUCAGCGAUAGAAGCUUGUAAUUGUGUAAUCUUGAAAUUUUUGACGAAAGAUUAUUUUUAUUUCUAAUGACUCGUAAUUAUUGUGCUCAAUUGUACUUGUAAGAUUUUUACGUAUAUAUUUGUACGGGGCAUAGGAGCAAUUUAUUUAAAAAUGACCGUUUGUAAUAGAUUUGUUAGAAUGGUAAUCUCAAUAUGAACUGUCAAUAAAUUGAAUGUAUUAGUUUUUUUAAAUUGUAUAUGCAGAUGUGAAUCACAAUCACCGAGCCGGCUCAACACAGCCACGUGUUGUGUGGUCGGGAGGUCAGUCAUGCGCUGACGCAUGUCCAUAAGGUUGGUUAACGUUGUAACGUGCAGAUGUGCAAUGAUGCGGGUUCGAGUCCCACGUCGGCCAGAGUUAAUCAUCAUUGAUUUUUUCAUUGCGAUUGACAUCUGCAUAUACAAUUUAUAGAUUUAUUAAAAAUGGAAAAAUAUUAACAUUUAUUCGUUUUUUAUAUAAUUUUAUGCGUAAUUUUAUUACUCUAACAGAGAUGUAGAUUUCUUAAAAAUAGUCCAAAUUACUGAAGUAAUUUGGGAUAGAUGAAUUUAUAAAAAUAUAUAGUAUAGUAUUUUUUUACAGCUGACUAAUGAUAGUAUUUGUAUAAUUGAUAUGAUUACAGAGUGAAGUGUAUGUAACUGUAUGCCUUCUACAUAUGUAUAGUUUGUCAAUGUAUACUAAGAUUGUCGGUAAAGUAGUGAAUGAUCCUUUCCCAUCGUAUUUUCUCGGGGUCGGUCGUAUUUGUCAUGCUACUUCAGUCAACCUCGGUACAUUUUGUACUGAGACUGACUGAAAUAGCAUAACACGUUCGUACGUUUCCGUAAAAAAGCGAUAGGGAAAAAAUAUUCACUACAUCUGUACUUUAACUGAUGUUUAAUAGCUAAUAGUUAAAAUAUAUGUAAAUGCGUGGUGAUAGGAUGAAAGGAAACUGAACUGUGAACAUUAUUUAAUUAUAUGUAAUUGUAAUAAAAGUCUCUUCCCUUUAGAAAAUUGUGUACUGUCGUGUACCUACGUAACCCGCGUACCGGUGGUAAUUAUUUACUUGUUUACAAUCAGUGUUGGCCGAACGUUAAUUAGAAUUGAAAGAUAACCAUUACAAAUUGAACUAUAAACCGUAACGGACGGUUACAGUAUACGGUUCAAUUUGUAAUGGUUCAUUUUCAAUAUUUUCAAUUCUAAUUAACGUUGGGCCAACACGUUUACGUAUACGAGCAGACUAAUCCAAUUUCGGAUUUUAUUUAUGACUUUAUGAAUAAUUCUCUGUAUUAUUGUGUACUAUUUUACAAAUCAUUAUUUUAAAAUAUAUUUUAUGUAAGAAAUCGUUUUACCUCGACGACUUUUUUUGCGUAAUGAGUUUUCUAUUGUAAGUAUUUGAGUGAUCGCACCGGAAUAAUAUGAUGAUGAUGAAUGUUCUUAAAAUGCCUGAAAUUGUAAAUACAUUAAUAUGUUAAUAAAA